AUGCUGCUGGAUCAAAUCAUCCUGGAACUGGACGACUCGGACUUUGCCAGUCUGGCACUCGUCAAUAAGGAAGAGAACGAGCACUGGACUCCGUAUCUCUAUCACACACUCUCCAUUACCGACGAGAAGUGGGUCAAGGCCAUUGCCAGCGACAGUGAACAAGCAGGACUGAAACGUAACGCACAGCACAUCAAGACGGUCUAUGUUCGCUCCCAAAAGGCGCUCGUACUCGACGCACUAGAGGCACUCGACACCAGAUUGGAUCUGAACACUCUUUUCGUCCGUUGGCAGUACUACAAGGAUCAAAUCAUCAACCUUACCCCGUUGAUCUGCCUCCUGGAACACAGCCUCAAUCUCUGCCAUCUGACCGUUGGCAAUAUUAACCAAGAACCUGUCGAUUUUUUGCUUAUGACAAUUGCCCGCUACCUGCCUCGACUCCAAUCGCUCAAUCUCUUCAAGGAUAACGAGCCCGUUGUUCGACCUAUCGUCAUCAGGGAGUUUCUAGAGACCUGUUCGUCCGAGUUGGUGACGCUGACUCUGGGUGUCAACUGUUCGUCCGAUGCCAUUGCCAUCAAGGAGGAUCUGGCUGCGAUGACUCUAGCAGGACCUGUCAAGGGAAGCAGGACUCACCCAAAGCUGAAAUGUUUCCACUUUGCAGAGGACGACUGGACGGAUACCUCCAACUCCAUCUUGCCUGCAAUCCUGACGACUUUUCUUCAAGGAUGUCCCAACUUGGAGAUUGUGGACUAUUGGAUGUUUUGGCAGGGCAACCGAACUCCGUGGAUCUUCAAGCACGAGGCGAUUGUUGACAUUGUUCGCAGGACGCUUGGCGUUCACGUCUUAGCGAGGUUCCUCAACAGCGACGAAAUCAAUAACAUCCGGCUCGAUCGAGAAUUGGCCAAGGCGAUAUCGAAUCUCGGAGUGCAGGACAAUACAGGGAUGCAGGAGAUCUGGCAGUCGAUCGACCUUGAAGUCUGUCCGACCUUGGCGUCCAUGCCGGAAACGAGUCGAGCCAUUGCCGAGGCAGCAGCAAGGGUACGUGGACUCCAAAAGGUCUAUGUCGAGUUUGCCCAAAUGAUGCCGAGUCAGGAUAUCGAGGAGAUUCUCCAUCAUGGUCGAGACCUGCGGAUCUUUCGAUCGUUUUAUUAUCCGAUUCUGACCGUCACAGACCCAUCGCUGCUGUUGCCCUGGAGGUGUCGUUGGCUGCGGUGUCUUCAUAUCCAGUUUGGAGGGAUCCCUCGACCGGAUGUCAGGAUUGAUUUCAGGGGUGACCCUAUCCCUGCAGGAACGCCAUUACACAGCGGGACGAUGGAGGAGAGUCGGAGGGUGCAGAGGAAAAUCUACGGUUUACUUGCUGGGUUGAGCUGUCUGGAAGAGUUGCGACUGGGGUACGAUACUCGAUCCAAUUGGCUGGAGAAGAGAGUUGUGGAUGGGAAACAGGUUUAUUAUGACAGCAAGUGGCAGUCGAAUUGUUUGGAGGUGAGCCUUGAGAGUGGGAUGGGAGUUCUAUCGAGAGUGAAGGGGAUGCAGUAUUUGCAGGUGCAGAAUAUGGAGCACCGGAUUGGAGUGAAUGAGUUGUGGUGGAUGCAGAGGAAUUGGCCUAAUCUAUAUCAUGUUCUGGGAGUGACGAAUGGACGGAUGACCAAUAUCCCUCCUGGCCGGGUCUAUGGGUCUGAUCCCAGAGUUCUUGAGUGUGGUGUCAACAUCCGCUUCCGAUAA